AUGGCCUACAUCACAGGCAUCGACGAGCCGUCAGCCAAACCUAACACCAGCGAGUACUUCACAGGCAUCGACGAGCCGUCAGCCAAACCCAACACCAGCGAGUACUUCACGGGCAUCGACGAGCCGCCAGCCAAACCCAACACCAGCGAGUACUUCACGGGCAUCGACGAGCCGUCAGCCAAACCCAACACCAGCGACGAGUACUUCACGGGCAUCGACGAGCCGUCAGCCAAACCCAACACCAGCGAGUACUUCACGGGCAUCGACGAGCCGUCAGCCAAACCCAACACCAGCGAGUACUUCACGGGCAUCGACGAGCCGUCAGCCAAACCCAACACCAGCGAGUACUUCACGGGCAUCGACGAGCCGUCAGCCAAACCCAACACCAGCGAGUACUUCACGGGCAUCGACGAGCCGUCAGCCAAACCCAACACCAGCGAGUACUUCACGGGCAUCGACGAGAUCUCAGCCAAAUCCAACACCAGCGAGUACUUCACGGGCAUUGACGAGCCCUCAGCCAAAAAGAGAACGGGAAACAAAAGCAGCUGA